AUGAAAGCUCAAGAAGAAUAUGACGCGAAAGAGACUACCAGAUAUCUACUUCGUAACCCGAAAAACGGUUGGGACUCUGAAGAAUUGGAUUUUUGUGAUUCUCGAGGUUUAUUGAAAUCAAAUUUUACUCCGGGAGAUCCAGUAAGAAUCAUAAUUCACGGAUUUCGUUCAAGUCCAAGUAGCGCGGUGAGCAAUUACGGCGAAAUCGGAUAUCGAAUUUUGGGAAAUUUCAACGUAAUUGUCAUUGAUUGGUAUCACGGAGCUAAAACUCUUAAUUACAUCUUGGCUAUCGAGAGAAUUUUCCAAAUCGGCUCACUAAUUGCUGAAUUUAUCGAAUGUCUCUUGGAAACAUUCAAAGGCAAAAUGCAAUUAUCCGACGUUUAUCUCAUCGGACACAGUCUGGGAGCGCACAUGGCAGGAAUUGUCGGAAAAAAUAUCAAAAGUGGCAAAAUUCCCGUAAUUUUUGGCAUUGAUCCCGCAGGUCCGUUAUUCUCGUUAGACGAUCCGGAUGGCAGACUGAACGAAAAUGACGCGGAAUAUGUCGAAGUAAUUCACACGGAUGUCCUUCAGGGAUUCCGUGAACCAUUGGGCACCGCUGAUUUUUACGCAAAUUAUGGAGCCUUUCAACCAGGAUGCCUUCUUUAUGACUUGGGUUGUCAUCAUAGACGAUCGAUUUUCUUGUGGGCUGAAUCGCUGACGAGUGCAAAGGGCUUUUGGGCUGAUCCGUGUGAGAGUUACGAGGAUAUUCAAAGGAGGAAAUGCACGAAAAGGAAAGGAAAGCGAAGGAUUAAAAUGGGAGGAGAACCCGGAAAUAGGGGAAAAGCUCGGGGAGUUUAUUAUUUUCAAACUAGCGACACAAUGCCGUUCGCUCUUGGGAACGUAAAGUUUAAAUGAAAUUUGUAAACAAAUCAAACAAAACAAAAUUUGGCCUCAAUUUUUAGAAUAUUCUUAUCU